AUGGACGAGCUGCUGCUGCUGCCCACGGCCGUCCUGGAGGUCUGCGUCCUGCUCGGAGCCUCCCGGGAGAAGGCGAGAGAGGCGCGUCAGGCGGCAUCAGAAACCUUUGAACGCAACCUUAUAUCCGUGGCUGGAAACAAGGAAGACCUGCAAGCUCUUCCUUUAAAUAGCAAUGCUCUCAAUAAAGCCAAGCGCCGUUCUUUCCGGAAAAAGAAAGAGAAAUUUAAGACGGAGGACGCAAAGGCUCUGAACGGAGCCCCCAAAACACCGGAGGAUGAAGACAUCACCGUCCCCAAAGAUGUUGACCUGAAUGGAUUGCCUCAGCUUUGCUUUCCAGGAGGAUUUUAUAUCACGUGUGAGUCGAGAGAGGACCACUUUCAUUUUCUCGUUUUCACCGAUGUUUUCGGAAACCGGACUUACGGAGUUGUGGUCCAGUAUUACCAGACUAUACAAGAGGGACGCCUUUACAAUGGGCAGGCACGUUGGGACAACCUUCAGCACCCCACAGCCGAUUCGUAUUUUGUACCCUUUGCGGUUUGUGUCAUAUCCAGGUACCCUUAUUUCAACGCCUUGAAGGACUGCUUGUCUUGGUAA